AUGAAUACGCACAUCACGUUAUUCAAGAGUCAAUAUGCAAACUCGCGCGCUUUUUUUGCCAUGGGCCUUAUCGGUCUCUCCCUCAUCGUCGCCUCCGUUGUCUACGUCAUAAUUCGCCCGCCGUCAUGGCUACCGCCGACGCUCCUCGCCUGGCUGCAGCGCAGCGCGAUCACGCCUGCGAUCACUGAUGCGCGCCGGCGCGACGCCGACAACGAAAAGGAUGACGCAAAGAACAUACAGUCUUCUCCGCCGCGCCCGACUCCGACGAUAGUAGAGCCCCGAGACGCGGACCGAGUCGCCACGCCGCCGCCGCCGCUGCCGCCACCAGUGUUGACGACGACACUGGUGCAGCCACCUUCCAUAGCCGUCGAGCAGGACGACGAGCUGGACGAGUCUCCCACGACGCCGAAAGCGACAGCUGUGCAGCCCAGUAUGCCGCCGCCACCGAGCUUCUCCCUCUCGACCGAGUCCAUGCCGCCGCCUCCCCGCCCGACGCCAAACCCAUCCUCGGCAUCUUCCAUGAUGCCUCCGCCUCCUCUCCCGUCACGAUUGUCUGCGGCCCCUCGCCCUCCAGUGCUCAGCCAGUUCCCCGCCGCCAACUCUGCCCAGCGCGCCCGCGGACCAGUCCCCAACCGCGGCCCUCCGUCCUCGGGCGGCGGUGGCCUCGCGCCGCCGCCCACGCACACGUCCAUCCCGGCGAAGCCCAGCCGGCAGGUGACGCUCGACCCGGGCCACUCGCCGCUGGACUGGGCGCGCAUCUCGGGCGGCCCCAACGCCGACCUGCGCGGCGUCCCCGCCUCGACGCCCUACCUGCGCGUCACCCCGUCCAUGCUGCGGCGGCAGACGGGCCGCAAGGGCAAGGACGCCUGGAUGGCGCUCAACGGGAAAGUCUACAACGUCACACCGUACGCCAAGUUCCACCCAGGCGGCGUCCCGGAGCUCAUGCGCGGCGCGGCGCGCGACGGCACCCGCCUCUUUGGCGAGGUCCAUCCCUGGGUCAACUACGAGAAUAUGCUGACGGCGUGCCUGGUGGGCAUUCUGGUCGACGAGCCCGAGCCCACCGCCGCGGUGCAGCCCCAGAGCGACAUGGAGGCGAUGGACUAG